AUGACAUCGUCGAGCGGAGGCUGUCGCACGUCCAAGAAGAAGACCGUCCAGUUCGCGCUACCAGGUCGCAUCGUGAGGCCGCUCCAAUGGCGCGACGACGUCAUCUGGGCCCGGGUCGAAGCUCCCCGAAAGCGGCCUCCGAACCCUUCUCUCGAAGACCUGUUCCAACCGGAAAUGAACAUGGCGGCCGGAGGAGGAGCAGGGCAUCGUCGAAACGGCAGCAACUGCUCGUCCAUCGACUCAACGUACGCCAACUCGUCGUCGCAGGACGACAAUCACUCGUCGUCCAGCAGGGACUCGGUGUCGAACGUUGUAAUUGUAUCCUGUUCGGGACCAGGACAACGAUCUAUCGUUCGGAUAGGCUCGGACUCAACCUCGGUGGACAGCACACGGACGGACAGUAGCAGCAGCAGGGCCGACUCAGAUUACCAGAGCAAAGGAGACAGCAUGGAGUCAUCCUUGGCGGAAAGCCCCACCGGUGAUCAUGGUCGGGGUCCUCCUCCAAUCAAGGUCCCGCUGAGGCCUUGCGGGGACUGCAUGCAGUGCGCGCUCAUGGACGACUCACUCCGACGAGCCGACCUCACCCGCCGCGAGACGGACCUCAAGCUUCGGAGCUACGAGAGUCAGAUAAGGUCCUUGCAACAGGCUUGUGAUUCUGCUGAGACGGCCCUUCGAGACGAGAGGUCCUUGCAUGCCGUGACACGUCAGGAGCUGAGCCGCGUCGUGGAGAGGCUCAAGUUUUACACCGGAAACAAGAUUGCACUUUCUGCUGUUCUCAAGGACUACCGGUGGAGCCUAAGGGACGAGAAGGACGUAGGCAAGGACACCGUGGGAGUGCAGUGGAACCGGACCUUCAGGAAGAGCCGUGGUGCCAAGGUGGCCGAGACGAAGCACCAGCAGGUCAUCUGCAUCCAGCAUCUGAACAGUCUGGGCAGGAACUCGGACAUCGGUGUGCAAGUGAACCUUCACUCGGCGAGGCUGGACGAGGAUCGCUCUAAGCUAACGGCAAAGAUGCGGUACGGCAUCGCCGCAGUCUUCCAAGACAAGUCGGCCAAGACGCUGCCGCCACGCGUGAGUCGCACCUGCAGCAACCGAAUCAGCAAGCCUCUGCGUGGCGUCAUCACAGAACGAGAGAUGGCGCUGGGCAUCCUGAGCAAGGAGGUGAAGCUGCUCCAGGAGGAGCGGGACCAUCUGCAGGAACUGCUUACCCACUCGCUGCAGGACGUCGUGCCUCAGCAUCUGAAUCACGUGUCCAGAGAACUCCAAGAACAGCUCUCCGGGCUGAGGGCGGAGAACCAGCGGUUGCUCGAAAGCUACAAUGCUGAACGGCUGCUAAGAAAGAAAUACUACAACAUGGUGGAGGACCUCAAGGGAAAGAUCAGGGUGUAUUGCCGCAUCAAGCCAAAGAGCGGAAAUCAACUCAACAACAAGGCCUUCGUGAAUGUUUUGGAGCCGACUGACGACUACACACUGAUCGUGCACACCCAGCGAGGCGACAAAGAAUUCACGUUCGACCGCAUCUUCCUGCCACAGCACACUCAGGAGGAUGUUUUCACCGAAACGAACAGCUUGGUGCAGUCAGCCAUGGACGGCUACAACGUCUGCAUCUUUGCGUACGGGCAGACAGGCUCGGGAAAAACGUACACGCUGACGGGAAACUCCAACACGGAGCAACUGGACGCCGAGGGCAUAGCGCCGCGUGCAUUUCGGAGGAUCUUUGAACUGGUUCGAGGAAACGAAGAGAAGCAGGAUUUCGUGGUGACUGCAACUUUCUUGGAGCUCUAUAACGAACGGUUUAUUGACCUCCUCAGAAAUGACGGUGACCCGGAGGAAAAGCUGGAAGUGCGCAAGGACUCCAGCGGCCACACGUACGUUCCGGGUGCCACCGUCGAAGAGGUGUCCAACUCGGCGCAGCUCUUGGACUGCUUCGUACGGGCCCUGGGGAACCGGAGAGUCGCCUGCACGCGAAUGAACGUGGAGAGUUCGCGGUCUCACUUCGUGGCAACGGUGCUGAUCAGCAGCACCAAUCGGCUGACCGGUUCUGUCCUCAGGGGAAAGCUCAGUCUCGUGGAUUUGGCAGGAAGCGAACGCCUGGAGAAAAGCGGCCUGGAAGGCAACUACAUCAGGGAAACCAACAGCAUCAAUAAGUCUCUCUCAGCCCUCGGGGACGUGAUCCACGCCCUGGCCGCUCAGCAGUCCCACGUACCGUACCGCAACAACAAACUCACCAUGCUGAUGCAGGACUCGAUCGGAGGCAGCGCGAAGACGCUCAUGUUCGUCAACGUGUCCUCCGAUGUGGACAACGUCGAAGAAAGUGUCAAUUCUCUCGUCCAGAUGGCUGAAGACGCUUUCAAUCUUAGUUCAACGUUUGACAACAUUUCUCAUCUCAGCAAAAUGACUGAGAACACCUUCUCUCUAAGCCAAAUGGUCGAGAAUGCCUUAGAUCUUAGUAAAAAGGCUGAGAACGUCAUUGAUCUUAGCCAAAUGGCUUAA